AUGAACAGAAUAUUCGGAUACGGGAACAAAAAGAGCCAUGACCAGCUCUUGCAAGAGUCCAACCAAUCCAUGAAUCAGGCUCAGCAAUCGUUAUCGAACAGGAUAUCUCAGUUAGAUACUCAAAUUGCCCAGCUGAACUUCCAACUACAAAAUAUCCAGAAAAAUCUACAGAGAUCAAAUAACAAGCAACCUUCGUUGCGGAAACAGGCUCUGAAGAUCCUGAACAAACGUAAACAGUUGGAAAAUAUGAAAGAUUCACUGGAUUCGCAAUCUUGGUCCAUGACGCAGGCCCAGAUGACCAAUGAUAACUUGCAAAACACCAUGAUCACGAUAAACGCUCUCAAGCAAACCAACAACGCCAUGAAGGCUCAAUACGGCAAGAUAGACAUAGACAAGUUACAAGACAUGCAAGAUGAAAUGCUGGACCUAAUAGAACAAGGCGAUGAACUGCAAGAAGUCCUGGCAAUGAACAACAACGGCGAGCUCGAUGACAUCAGCGAUGCAGAACUGGAUGCAGAGCUGGAUGCUCUGGCUCAAGAAGACUUCACUUUGCAAACCACCGAAAGUUCAUUGGGUAAUGAUAUGCCUAACUACUUGCUAGGCGCUAACGCACCACCAAAUUUCAUUGAUGAAGAGCCAAACAUGGAUGCUGAAAAUAAAGAUAAAGCUUUAGAAAGCGCCCAGUAA